AUGGCAUCCACUUGGAUAAUUCCGAUGCUGUCAGUGCAUCUGGCAACCGUAUUAACACGCCCCUUGCCGCACCGUAUCAACCAGAACCCUGAGCUGAGUGCCUUAAUUGGCUCCAGCUCCAUCCUCACCUUCUCAUUCUUGCUGCUUCCUCUCAUCCUGGAGGACUGUAUUGUGACGGAAAGGAUUAUCAGCUUCUACCAGUUUAUCAGCUCCGAGUUCCGGGCUCCUCCAAGGCAGCCCCACUGGUCGUCUCCCUUUAGCUACCAUCAGCCGCCAUUGACCUCGUCAGCCGUGAUCAGGUGUGUUCACGAGAUCCGGGAGAUCCCAGACUGGCUGUGCCUAGAAGUGGAGGGGAAGUUGAUCUGUAGGAGAGAAGGUAACACUGAUGACUCGCUCAUUGUUGGAAAUGCCUCCGCUGAAGGCCCGGAGGGCAAGGGUGCGGAAAGCACAAUAAUGGCUGGUGUUGAUACUGUCAUGAACCAUCACUUUCAGGAAAGUAGCUUCACCAGAGAAGCCUACAAGAAAUACAUCAAAGGUUACGUGAAAUCAAUCAAAGGCAACCUUGAAGAACAGAGACCAGAAAGAGUAAAACCUUUUAUGACAGGGGCUGCAGAACAAAUCAAGCACAUCCUUAGUAAUUUCAAAAACGACCAUUCUUUCUGUAUUGGGGAAAGCAUGAAUCCAGGUGGCAUGGUUGCUCUACUGGACUACUGGGAGGAUGGUGUGACUCCAUAUGUGAUUUUCUUUGAGUAUGAUUUAGAAAUGGGAAAAUGUUAA